AUGGUUUCAUCAGAUAAGGAAAGUCUCCCCCCGGGAUACAUUCUUCAUGACGGGUUCCCUUCAGUCCCUGAAUACGUCCAUCUCCGCUCCGCUGCAGGAUUAUCGCCAAAGACUCCAUCCCAGGCUGCAGCAAUCCCAACAGGGAGCUGGUAUUUCCAUAUUGCGGACAUGGCCGUUCACCCGGACCACCAGAAGAGGGGACUCGGAGAUGCUGUUCUCAAGGCUUUGCUCGCGAAGAUCAAACAGGAUGCUCCGGCAGAUGGCGAGCCUUAUGUUUCGUUGUUGGCUGAUGGGCCGGGUCGACCUUUGUAUGUGAAGAAUGGGUUUGUGGAGAGUGCGCCAGAGUCACUCGGCAUGAUAUUGAAAUGA